AUGGAUUCUGAAGAAUCCCCAUUUGCACACCACCCAUCCCAAUUUCUACAACCACCCCUACCCCCACCACAUAGCCAUGGAACAAUGGCGGUGGCACCACCAACCCCACCACCACCCCAACUCCUACCCAACCAACAAGAACAACUCAGCUCGUACAUUUUACCUACAAAUGUCAUUUUUCAGCAACCCCAACAACAGCUUAACCUUCAAUUUCCAUUCAAUUCAGUUUCUGAUCAAAACCCAAAUUCCAGUUUUCUUGAUGAUGGAUCAUCUGUUGCUGCUGCUGGAGCUGCUGCUGGGGCUGGGGCUAAGAAGAAGAGAGGACGCCCCAGGAAGUAUUCAACUGAUGGUAACAACGGUUCGGGUGUUUCUGCUACUCCAAUUGCUCAAAUUCCGGUGAAUCAGGCUGAUUCUGGCGUUGGUGGUGUUAAUGGGGGUGCUUCUUUGGAGAAUUCCUCUAAGAAGGUUCGUGGGAGGCCACCGGGCUCCGGAAAGAAGAAAAAGCAAGAAGCUUUAGGUGCAGUUGGAUUUGGAUUUACACCGUAUGUGAUCCCUGUGCACAUCGGGGAGGACAUUGCAAAUAAGAUAGUGAAUUUCUCACUGCAAGGACCACCGGCAGUUUGUAUUCUAGCUGCAACUGGAGUCGUCUGCAAUGUCACCCUCAGGCAGUCCAUAAUAGGUGGUGGCACUGUGACGUAUGAGGGUCGAUUCAACAUCAUCUCGUUAUCGGGGUCUUUCUUGCUAUCAGAAAGUAAUGGCAACCGUAGCAGAACAGGUGGUCUUAGUGUGGCACUGUCUGGGCCAGAUGGUAGAGUUUUGGGUGGAGUCGUUGCUGGAAUGCUCAAGGCUGCCUCUCCGGUGCAGCUGGUUGUGGGUACCUUCACUCCAGAAAAGGAAAAGCUGAUGUCUGAGGCACCAUCCUCAACUCCACCUCCCAAUGUAUUGAAUUCUGGUGCUCCGGUCACUGAGACGAGCUCUCCUUCCCCGGGUGGCUCAAGCGACUCAGUCGAUGAUAAUGGUGGUAGCCCUCUCAGCCACGAACAAGGACCUUUUGGUAAUGCUGCUCAACCCAUGCAUAAUGCUCCUCAACCAAUGCACGGUAUGCCAACAUACUGGAGCCAAGGAAUGUGAAAAAGCUUCUUGAUUCCCCGUGACUGAUCACAAAUCUGAACGGGCAGAUUUUAGGUGUUAGAUCUAGUUCUUGACCUCAACUUGCUUAUAAUUAUAGUCUUAGUAAAUGUUAGGGUGCCCUGUGGUUGAGAAUUUGUUUAUUCUCAAAUUGACAAACCAACUGGAUUUCCAAACUUUCUACUAGAUUAGGUGUUAACUGUUAAUGCAAUUACUCUUUACUCUGCCAUAAUAGUGCUUUCUUUCUUAUUAUGAGUUUGUCUUCUAUAUUGUGCCCUUU